AAAAGCUGUGUUCUAUGAGAAAUUUGGGGAGGAAACUUCCGGUAUUAAAUAUACAGAGAAGAGGUGUAGACGAUAAAGUAAAAUCGUCUUUUUUUCUGAUAUGGACAGCCAAGGAAGAAAGGUUGUCGUAUGUGACAAUGGUACAGGGUUUGUGAAAUGUGGGUAUGCAGGAUCCAACUUCCCAGCACACAUUUUUCCAUCUCUGGUUGGCCGACCUAUCAUUAGGUCUACUGCCAAAAUUGGAAAUAUUGAAAUUAAGGAUAUUAUGCUGGGAGAUGAGGCUAGUGAGUUGCGUUCUAUGCUGGAAGUGAACUAUCCGAUGGAAAAUGGAAUUGUCCGGAAUUGGGAUGAUAUGCUUCUGUUAUAUGAUUACACAUUUGGUCCAGAAAAGCUUAAUCUCAACUGUCGAGAUUCCAAAAUUCUUCUGACAGAACCUCCAAUGAACCCAAACAAAAACCGAGAAAAGAUGAUAGAGGUGAUGUUUGAGAAAUAUGGCUUUCAAGGUGUAUAUAUAGCAAUUCAGGCAGUAUUGACACUAUAUGCUCAAGGUUUACUGACUGGAGUAGUUGUGGACUCGGGGGAUGGAGUCACACACAUCUGUCCUGUGUACGAAGGGUUCGCCCUGCCUCAUCUCACCAGACGUUUAGAUAUUGCUGGUCGAGACAUCACUAGAUACCUUAUUAAGUUGCUUUUAUUACGUGGCUAUGCAUUCAAUCAUUCUGCUGAUUUUGAAACAGUUCGAAUGAUGAAAGAGAAGUUGUGUUAUGUAGGAUAUGAUAUUGAACAAGAGGAAAAGUUAGCUCUGGAAACAACUGUGCUUGUAGAGUCUUAUACAUUACCAGACGGACGAGUAAUACGUGUGGGGGGAGAGAGAUUUGGUGCUCCUGAGGCGUUGUUUCAGCCUCAUCUCAUCAACGUAGACGGGGUGGGGGUGGCAGAACUCCUGUUCAACACCAUUCAGGCCGCAGACAUUGACACCCGACCAGAGUUCUAUAAACACAUCGUCUUGUCCGGGGGCUCCACUAUGUAUCCGGGUCUGCCCAGUCGACUAGAGAGAGAAAUCAAACAGCUCUACCUAGAGAGGGUGCUGAAAGGGGAUACUACCAAGCUCUCAAAAUUCAAGAUCAGGAUAGAGGACCCUCCAAGGAGGAAGCACAUGGUGUUCCUCGGGGGUGCAGUGCUGGCCGACAUCAUGAAAGACAAGGAUAGCUUCUGGAUGACCAGACAGGAGUAUGAGGAGAAGGGGCUCCGAGUGCUGGACAAACUCUUAUCGGGACCUCAGUGAUUAACUGUAAUCUAGGACCUUACCAAAUUCCAUUCCACAAGUCACAACACCAAUCUCGUUCAAUAGUCUAGAUCCAGGGGGUUCUUGCGAAAUAAUGCUAAAAACAUUUACCUUUGUUGGGCUUCUUUUUACUAAUGAAAUUCAUGUAUUCUUGAUAUCUUGAAAAGACCUAAAAGAUAAAUAGCUCAUGAAAAAGUUAAGGAUUUUCAGCUGUAUCUAGUGCUUUGUCAAGUAUUUUCUUUAAAAAGUCUCUGUAGUCUGUAUUAGAAAUACAUGUAAUAGCAAAUAAAACUAUCUAGGAAAUCAAAGUAGAUAUGUAUAUUGGUGGAUUUUAGGUGGACAUCUAAAUCUAUAAAUGCAGCAAUCAGGAAUUUGAGAUGUUUAUAUUGUACUUGUGAACGAAAUUUUCAUGGUGCCUUUAUGGUUUGAGCAGGAGGAUGUGUGCAUCAUAAAUGUGAUAUGAACAAGUGGUGAAACUACUGUGAAUUCUGGACAGCAAUCAUUGAUGAUCAAAUCCACGAUAGGGUGCUUCACGUUAUCCUUUAUACACUUAUAUUUUUCUUGUGACACUGAGUUAUAUGCAUGUAUAUUAUUACUGGAAAGUUUAAAGAUAUACAGGUACCAUUUUCUUUAUCCAGUCAUAUUUGUCUCUCGGGUCAUUUUUAAAAAAUAUAUAGAUGUAUAUAAAUGUAUAAAAGUUUCAUUGAUAUUAUGUGAAAUAUUGAAAGCAUAUUCAUUGCAAACUGUUAAAAGGAACUAGUAUUUAUUUAUUAUGUUUUUGAUCAAUUAAAUAGAAAACAGAAGCCAGUACUAAGGAAAUAUUACUGUGGGUUUUUUUUUACGUCACUUGUAUCAAUUGUUUAAACCAAUCUGUGUGUGUGAGGAUUUGUAUGAAAUUGCUGUAAAAGUCACAGAAAGAGGCAAACAGGCAUUUCCAUUGAAUUUAAUGCCUAAUCAUUAGUUUUAUAAUGCAGAAUAUGUUUAAACUUAGAAUGUUAAUGGGUUCAUUGCUUGAAAACCGACAAAGCACAAUCAAUACAUCACCUGCACAUGGUAAAAAAAAAUGUUACAGUAUAUCCCAGUUACAGGAAAGUUUGAAGUUAUGGUUUAUAAUACAUGCUUCCUUCAACAGACUUCAUUCCUUGUAAUAUGGUUUGACUGUUUAGAAAAAAAAGUUUGUUUGCAAUGACAGAAAGUGUUAUGUAUUUUAGAAACAUUUAUGAAAAUGGUGAGGCAAAGGAUGAUUUUGUAUACUGAACAUAGCAAUAUUAUUGAAAGAGUUACUUGUGUCUAUUUGUAAAUGACCAAUAUUAAUCACCAAAUUUUUAAUAAACAUUGAAAUAUUUAA